CCUGCAAUGCAUUGGGCCUGAUGCAAAGCUAUUUUUAUUCCUCUCAGCUCAUGCUGGGCAGCCACAUUUGUAGGAAGAGCUGUUCCUCCACAGGUCUCUAGAACACAUCUCGCUGAGGGUGUUGGUGGAGAGGCUGUUUCUUUCUGACCAUUCCUGCCACCAGACCAGAUCUGCCUUCAUUAACGGAUAACCAAAUCAAACAAAACGUCCAACCUUUCACUAAAGAGGCUGCAGAAAAUCACGCCAAGGUCACACCAGUCUGCAAAGUUGACUGACUUUGCAGCUAACAGUCUUGCAUACAGUGAAGGAAUGAACAAAGUAAUUGUUCCAUAGGUCUUCGUCUCUCUUCUAAGACGGCACCGUUGGUGCAAGGAGCCAGGAACUCAGGUACACUGCUUAGGAACUCUGUAUUGUGAAACAGAUUUAUAGACUCUGCAAAUUAGAAGAGAUAUCUCUCUAAGGAUACAGGCACAACUGCAAGUGAGCGUUUCUUGAGCUUUUGUUACCUGUCCAUGUGCUGUAGAUGGGCACCUUCACUACGGACAAGAGGAUGUUAAUGCUGAUGAUCCUGCUGAGCCUGGCCAUUGGGAGCAGCCAGGGGUGCUACUGUGAACAUUACCCAUGGGGGCCGUGGUCUGCCUGUUCACAAACCUGCAAUUACGGCACACAGACCAGGCACAGGCAAAUAAGAAUGGAUGAAUAUUAUAGCCAAAACUUCUGUGACCAGCUGUGCACAAAGCAGGAAUCUCGCGCAUGUAACCAGCAAACAUGUCCUAUCAACUGUCAGCUUGGAGACUUUGGCCCUUGGUCAGAAUGUGACCCAUGCAUUAAAAAACAAUUUCGUGUCCGGACACUCCUGCGACCAUCCCAGUUUGGGGGCCAGGCCUGUACCGAGGCACUGGUGGAUUCCCGCCCAUGCUUCCCAACUAAGCUCUGCAACAUAGUGGAAGUUGAUUGCAAGAAUAAAUUUCAGUGUGAAAGUGGUCGCUGUAUUGCAAAAAAAUUGGAAUGUAAUGGAGAAAAUGACUGUGGGGAUAACUCUGAUGAAAGAAAUUGUGGGAGGAGAAAGACCGUGUGUAACAGGAAGUAUGAGAGCAUCCCAGGUGUGCAGUUAAUAGGCAAUGGAUUUCACAUUCUGGCGGGAGAUAGCCGAGGGGAAGUUCUUGGCAACUCAUUCAAUGGAGGACAAUGCAAAACAGUGAAGCGCAAUGAGACAAGGAAAUCAUAUCGUCUUCCUGCGAACCUGGAGGCUGUCAGCUUUCAGGUAAUAGAUGAAGAGGAUGAUGUAACAUCAGACUUCUACAAUGAUUUAACUCCCCUGAUUGAUAGUGCUCAUGAAAGUAGUUCAUCCACUCAUGCUGGUCAAAGAUCUUCUGGUAUCCCACUUUUAUUCUCAAGAAAGACACGGGUCAAAGUCACAUCAUCUUCCUCCUUCAAGAAAGCCAUUGAAGCCUCAUAUGAAAAGAAUUCCAACUUUAUUAGAGUCCAUAAAGUCAUUUCUGUUGCAAACUUCACAAUGAAACAGUCAGAUCUGCAGCUCUCAGAUGUCUUUCUAAGAGCACUUAACCACCUGCCCCUGGAGUACAACUAUGCUUCAUACAGCAGAAUAUUUGAUGACUUUGGUACUCACUAUUACACCUCUGGGAAGAUGGGUGGUUCCUAUGACAUUCUUUACCAGUACAGCUCUGACGAAUUGAAGAACUCGGGUCUGUCAGUGGAUGAAUCAACAGAGUGUGUUCGAACAGAAACAACAAAGCGUGUGUUGUUCCGGAAGAAAAAGAAAGUCAGUACCAGAUGCACCACAAACAGGAUGACUGUGAAACAUGAAGGUUCCAUUUUGGAGUCAGCAGAGCGGUCAGUCUCCCUGGUAAAAGGUGGCAUGUCAGAGUAUGCAGCAGCUCUGGCCUGGGAGAAAAAGGGAGCUUUUCCAGGUGACAGAGUCUUCACAAACUGGCUGGAUUCAGCAAAGGACAAUCCCGUGGUGAUUGACUUUGAGGUGUCGCCCAUUGUGGAUUUGGUGAAGAACGUGCCAUGUGCUGUGACCAAACGUCGCAACCUGGGGAGAGCCCUGAGAGAAUACGCGGGCAGGUUUGAUCCUUGCCAGUGUGCCCCGUGCCCCAACAACGGCAGGCCAGUGCUUUCUGGGACAGAGUGCCUCUGCCUCUGCCAGGCUGGCACCUAUGGCAAAAACUGUGAGAUACGAGCUCCCGGUUACAAAUCAGUUGCUGUAGAUGGCCGCUGGGGUUGCUGGUCUCAAUGGAGUUCAUGUGAUGCUUCCUUCAAAACAAGAAGGACUCGAGAGUGUAAUAAUCCCUCCCCGAUGAAUGGUGGGAAGCCCUGUGAAGGUGAACAGGAAGAAGAAGAGGACUGUUAUGUCUCUGUAUUCAUGGACAGAGGUGCUCCUUGUAUAAAUGACGAUGAAGCCAGGAGAGAAGAGGAUGUCUUGAUUGGUGAACCUGAGUCUGGAUGCUCCAGGCCAGACCCACCAGAAAAUGGCUUUAUUAGGAAUGAAAAGAACCAGUAUGCUGUGGGGGAAGAAGCCGAAAUUGCCUGUGUGAGUGGUCACGUCCUCAGUGGCUAUCAAUUCCUUCGGUGUCUGCCAGAUCAAACCUGGACGCAGCAACCUGUUGAAUGUCAACCCUCGGUAUGCCUCAGGCCACCAACAUCUGACAGUGUCACAAUUUCCCCAUUUAAGCAACAGUACAACAUUGGCGAAACCGUGAAGCUGAGCUGCCAAGCUGGGUUUAUAGUCACAGGUCAAACACAGUAUACCUGUGGGAAAGACCUGUCCUGGAUACCUCCUGUGUUGAGAUCUAUUACAUGUGAAAAAGAUGUCCAAACUAAAAUUAGAGGUAUUUGCAAACCAGGACAAAAGCAGGUUGGAUCUCAGUGUGUUUGUAUGUCUCCAGAAGAAGAUUGUGGCCACUACUCAGAAGAUAUCUGUGUGCUACAUGCUGUUUCUGAACAGAAAGUGACCAAGCCCAGCUGUCAGUAUUCAGCUGAAAUGUGCCUCGGAGAGCAGUCAUUUCAUUUCUUGCAUGCUGGCCCUUGCCAUGGUGAUUCCAACCUAGACUGGGCUAUCGAAAGGGCAAAGCUCUCUACAAAUAGCUUGAAGAAAGUGCCCUGUGGCUAUGACACUUGCUAUGACUGGGAGGAGUGUCCAGAGACACAGACCCAGUGCUCCUGCCUGAUGCCUUACCAGUGCCCCAAAGGAGAGGGACGCCUUCACUGCAUCCAUAUGGUGUCGACAGGGAGGAGGAGGACAGUCAGUCACUGCACACUGGCGGCCAUGAAGUGUGGUGGCAUCAAAGUGGAGGUGCUGGAGCAGGAGAGCUGCCUGGUGUAACCCAUCAGCAAUCCUAACAGCCACCGCGAUUAUCCCAAUGUGUGCAGGCUGAGCCAUGCUGGGGAAAACUCAGCUGGUUAUGAAAGGACAAGUAGAUCAAAAAGCAAAGGAUGAAAAAAAAAAUAGAGCUCACUUAACAGAUUCUUGGGAGAAGGGUGACAGUGGGUUUUUUUUGGUCUGAAAAUGAUCUGGGGUGUGGGGUAUAGGGACUGCUCUCACCGCUGGCAAGUCUGUGAAUGUACAGAGGGAGGGAGCUAAGCGGACGGGAAGGGAGAAAGGGGAGCAUUGCCUCUGGUCUCCCCUGCUGCUGGGUGAGAUUUCUCCUUUCCUCAGACAUUUGUUGCUCUGUUCCUGCACUUGUGACUGCUGUGCACUGUGGUCAUCUCGCUGGCUGCGUGCUGGCUGUACCAUCCAGGCAGGCAGACUUCGGCAUCAUUGCACAUUCUCUCUGACACUUAAUGGGGUCAUGAAGGAGGCUACCUGUCUGGGCAUUCAUGGUAUAAAUUCAGGGAGAAAUAGAAAAUACUGAAAACAUCAAAUAUGCAAUGACUGAGUGAAGUCUUCAAAACCAAGAGAUUUUAAAUCAGAGUAACUGAAAGGGGGAAGUGUUCUGUGUUGGUUUGCUGGUCUUGAGUCUUAGACACCGUUGGGAAAUUUUUGUGAUGCCCCAGAGGUGAAUUAAACACAUUUGUGCUUAAAUAUAAAAGAAAAAUUUGAUAACAAUGCAUUGGGCAGUAACACGCUACACGGUUCUACAUGGAGUUUGCAAAAAUGCAUCACAAGCAGAUUCCUUAAAAACACUUGCACCAGCACCAGUCCCAAGAGCAGAUCUGCUGCCCAAAGGUGGUCCCUGAGCACUCCCAUUCCAGGAUGGGUACAAGAUGGUGCUGAGGCUGUUUCUCAUCUCAUCAACAAGGGAAGCUUUACUCCCUUGCAAGGAUCUGUUCUUUCUCUGACAUUUCUACUUCCAGCCAGUUUAACCCCUUCUUGUAGUUUGUCCUUCUUGCCCUCCAUGCCAGAUCAUUCUUCAGUCACAAAUUACCACUGCUGAGCUGUUACAAUCAGAAUUUCCCCUUCAACACUCAAAAUUUUACAAAACUGAGGAUUAGAAACCUGCCUUCCAAGAAGAGGAAAGUUGAAAGUCACCUUCUUUCACCAGCAGUCAUCAGAACAAUGAGAAUCAGGGAAAAAAGCAUGAGAAGUGUCCAUUGACAAAUAACCUGCCCCAUGUAUAAGCGCCACACCUCGCCAUGGGCUGGGCAGAGUCACUUGGGAGCUGGGAGUGGGGCGGACGUGAAAUGGUUAUUUUUCCUCCAAGCAGGUAUCAGACCCCUAUAUUUGGGAUGUCGCCAAGCUUCUUAAAUCAGCAGCUAGUCUCAACUGGAUGAAGCUCGACGAAAAGAAGCAAUUAAAUCUGCUGCUAAAUACAAUAAAGCAUUAUGCUUUCUUGCUUAAAAUGUGUAGUAAAAAUUAUUAUUAAAAACUGA